AUGGAUGCUGCCAAUGAGUCAUCGGAGGGAGCCCCAUUCACCCUACUGGGACUGACAAGUCCUGGACAGCAGCGGCCACUCUUUGUGCUAUUCCUGGUUCUGUAUGUGGCAGGCGUCCUGGGUAAUGGGCUCUUCGUGGCUGCCAUUCGAGCCAGUCCAGCCCUCCAUGCACCCAUGUACUUCCUGCUGGCCCAUCUCUCCUUUGCUGACCUCUGCUUUACCUCUGUCACUGUACCAAAGCUGUUGGCCAACUUGGUGGCCCAUGACCGCUCCAUCUCGCUGACUGGCUGCCUGACCCAGAUGUACUUCUUCUUUGCCCUGGGUGUAACUGACAGCUGUCUCCUGGCCGCCAUGGCCUAUGACCGCUACAUGGCCAUCCGGCUCCCCCUCCACUAUGCCACAAGGAUGUCCCGGGCCUUGUGCACAGUCCUGGUAGGGACAGCAUGGCUAGUGUCCCACGUCCACUCCCUUCUGCAUAUCCUGCUCAUGGCCUGCCUGUCCUUCUGUGCCUCCCACUUCUUCUGUGACCACCAGCCUCUCUUGAGACUGUCAUGCUCUGACACCCACCACAUCCAGCUGCUCAUCUUCACGGAGGGGGCCACAGUGCUGGUCACUCCCUUCCUGCUCAUUCUCACCUCCUAUGGGGCCAUUGCGGCCGCGGUGCUCUGGCUGCCCUCAGCCUCCGGGAGUCUGUGGGCUGUGUACUGUGGCUCCCACCUGGCCGUGGGCCUCUUCUACAGGACAGUCAUCGCAGUCUACUUGCAGCCCACAUCCUGGUAUGAGGCAGAGCAGGGCACUGUCAUGUACACCGUAGUCACUCCCAUGCUAAACCCUGUCAUCUACAGCCUCUGGAACUGCAACGUGGGGGCGCUCUGAGCCCUUCUCACUGGACAGAGGAUCUCGGCUGAUAACUGCUGA